AUGGAAUCCUCUUCACCACAACCACCAUCUUCUCGACCAGCCUCGGAAGAAUCGUCUUCACUUUUUGACGACGAUUGGGAAGAAUGGGACGGCAAAUCACCCUUUUGGCACCACUGCAUUGCUGGUAGUUUAGCAGGAGUUGCCGAACACACUCUGGUAUAUCCCUUGGAUACGGUGCGAACGCACAUUCAAGUCUGUGCCGCUUGCAUUCACAAUCCUUCUUCCACAACAUCAACAGCUUUGUCUAAGGGUCUUGUGGGACAAUCCUCGGUCCUUCAAAAGGCCGCUGCCAGUGGCGCCUCGAACACUAACGUUGGUGUUUGGCAAACAAUACGGCAACUCAUGAAUCAACCCAUUGCGUUGGAAGGUGGUGCAGCUACCACCUCGUCCACACUGUUGGCCCAACCCUCUGCCGCGGGGAUUUCCCGAUUGUGGCGAGGCGUCCACAGCAUUAUUGUCGGAUGCAUUCCGGCACAUGCUCUCUACUUUUCUUCCUAUGAAUUGAUCAAGCAUGCGACUUUGGAUAAGGAUGGUCACGUGACGACCUAUGGAAGUGCCAUGGCGGGUGCCGUCUCGGCCUUUUCGCACGAUUUGGUCAUGGGACCAUUGGAUACGGUCAAGCAACGAUUGCAGUUGGGACAUUACCGGGGAUUGACACACGCAGUCUCCACAAUGAUUGCCAAUGAAGGAUUUGUCAGCUUGUACAGGAGUUUUCCAGUCACCUUGGCGUCCAAUGUUCCAUACGGAGUGAUCAUGGUGGGAACCAAUGAAUUCUUGAAGGAUCGAUGGACGGAGACUGGCGAAAAGCUCAGUCUUGAGGUGACACUUGGUUCCAGUGCCAUUGCUGGAUUGGCUGCAGCCGGCUUGACCACACCACUGGAUCGCAUCAAGACGUAUCUCCAAACACAGCAGCUCACUCCUGCUUGUUCGGUAGGCUCCACUCCACCAAAGAAUUGUCCACUCACUUCCUCGACUUCCAAAAUUACCCAAAAGCCAAUUGUGGCGGGCUGGAAGGAUGCGGCAGUCCGCAUCUUCGAGACGGAAGGAAUGACUGGCUUCUUUCGAGGUGCGACUCCUCGUAUCCUUUCCCAUACUCCAGCCGUUGCCAUUUCUUGGACCACCUAUGAAACGGCCAAGGAAUAUUUGAAGUCAUUGGACAGUUGA